AUGGACUCUCGAGAUCUCGCUCCUGAUGACGCCCUCCUCAACCAAAUCUUUCCUGAUCAACCUCACGUCUCCAUAGAUAGUAUCUUCGUACAAACCUGGGACAAAUGCGUCUUCAAAGCCAGCUUCCCACAAGCCCGCCAGUCAGAUACCAGCAGGCCAGAUAUCAGCAAGCCUGAUGCCCGCAAGCCUCCUCCCUCGUAUCUAAUCCGUCUGGAGGUCGUAGCCAAGAACGAGGAAUCUACACAAUUUGCCACCGUCUCAGCCAUGCAGCAGAUCGCCUCGCUCGCCAUCCCAAAACUCAUCCCAAAGACAUAUCGGACCGGCAUGACCAACAAUGCCCAGAGGAAACUAGUACAGUUCAGUGUGACGAAGUAUAUCAAGGGGAAGACAUUAGAAGACGUAUGGGAGCAGAUGAGUGACGAAAAUCAACAGUCCGUUAUGGCUGCUCUCGUCGAGGCACUACAGAAACUGCAUUCUAUUCGGAUUCCCGACUCUCUAGACCGAAUUCGGGACAUUUUGGCCAAGUGCGAGCUACCUCUAGCACCGGGCGGCCUCAGGGAGCACAUUCUGGGGGAAACAGAGUUCAUGGGCGGGCCGAGCACGGGAUUCUUCGCUCCCAAGGACGGGCCAGCUCUUCUCAGCGCCAUCGACAAGAGGUGGGAGCUGAGUGGACGACCCUUCUACGCCAUGGUCGCCACGGAGUCUGGUGGUGUAGUCGUACAGUCGGAAUACUCAGACCUCGGCUUCGUGAAAGUUGAAAAGGGCUGCUGGGAGGAAUGGUACCGAGAGGCCGUUCUCUGCCACAACGACCUCAACCCCCGCAACAUCAUCGUCAGCAGCCUGUCCGACUCUGAGUCUACCUCUGCCUAUCAAUCUGACUCUUCUAACGAAACUUCCGACUACGAGCUCUCCGCCAUCAUAGACUGGGAACUCUCCGGCUUCUACCCCCCGUCCUACGAGCUCAGCCUCCAAGAUACCUACCUCAGCGGGGCCAACCGCCUAUUGUCCUUCUACUCGCUCCUAAAGAGCCAAAUGAAGGAUACCGUACCCCGUUGCCCAUCUCAAAUCUCCUUGCUACAGGUCAUGGACCUUAUCUUCGAAUCCAGACAGAGGCGACUGAGGGAAGGCAACAACAUCCCGGCCAUUAUCCGCGAGAGAUUCAUACAGAGAUUGCAGUUGCGGCGGGAUGAGGAUCCGUAUCUUGGCUGGGUACCUAAAGAUCAUGAAGCAGCCCGGCUUGUGCUUUCAUUUGCCGAUGUUCUGAAUAUAGAACGCGAUGUUGUUGCUGAGAGGGAGGCGAAGGCAGCUAGCCGGCUGCAGGUUGGAACUGGGAGUGAUUCGUAG